ACGAGCUCGCAGGACCCAACAGUCUAAAACUGGCCAGCGUUCGUUCAGCACAUUAAUAGUACAAAAAUGUAUACAAAUAUGUGCGUGAAGAUCGCCGUGUGCCUGGCACUAGUCGUGAGCAUAGACAGUCACGUCCUCAAACAUCAUGAAGUGCCUUUAUCACCGGAGGGCAUGGUCGUGGAGAUCACAGUGAAGAAUAAGGGUAACGAACACCCAGUGUCUUCAAUGAAGAUUGACAUCGACGGGAAAGACAAGAAAAUUUUGUUGUCUUUGGGAGAGCCAAGUGAGAGCGUGCCUAAAGCAGUUGGAGAAGCCACAUCAGACGUGGUGCCGACCAUCGAGACGAGGAACAACAUCCGAGUGGGCUCCUGUCCUAGCGGCUACACGAGACGAGGAGGAUUCUGCUUCCCCGAUGAUGAUUAUUAGGUGAAAGAGUAUCGACCAACCUGUGAAACUUUUUAACGUUCAUAUAUUUUACAAGACUGCACGUGACAUUUUUAAUGAGUGUUAUUUAAUAUUUAUUAAACGUGUUUUAGUUGUUAAA